UCCUUAUAGGAAUGACCACCUGAACACUUUGAACAUACCUGAUCGUUUCGACAUACUUUGGCACUGUGUCUAAAUCCCAUGCAUUUAAAACAUUGCAUCAGAGGAGGAAUGUAAGUGAAAACUCUGUAACGCCAGUUGUCUAAAUAAACAUACUGAGGGAGAACAGUUCCUACAAAGGUAACGCUUAUAGUAGUGAGGGGUUCCAGACCAUCACCAGUUCUUUUCAUAAAACGUCUAACACCAACAAUUUCAGAGUCUGCCAUUAGUUUGUGGUAUAAAUCCGCGUUACUGCAUUCCUUCGGGAUAAAACGAAUUUUACCCACUCGCUCCACCGAAGAGGCUGGUACAAAAGCUUUCAUAUUAUUGUCACGUAAGCUCACGUGACUCAGAAAAUCAUUGGCAGCUGCAGCUUGUUUGAAAACCAGCAUAAUUUUGGCCGCAUUAAUUCGACGACAUUCCUUGAUGCCCUUCACGUUUUUGAAAAUGUUUGACAAUUGCAAAGGAUUUUUAUUACCGAUCUUAUCUUCCGGUUUAAUUCCCUGUACGUAAACGGGGAACUCUUCUUUAUUACUAUUAUCCGGAUAGGAUCGCUUAUAAUCUGGUUUAGAGUAAGGUUUAUACUUAUCGACAUCGUUCGAUUUUAUAGUAUCUAAUCGCCUCUUUUUCAAGUCUACGGGUGACUUUUUAGACCCGUCUUCAUCACCAUCACUUUCUGAAGACAUUUUUCUCUAUUAUAAGUACUCUGUCUUGAAAAAGACAAUUUAAUUUAAAAUAAAAUAAAAUUUUAUUUGAAAUACGCGGCUCUCCUUUUCCCGCCAAAAAGGAAGUUUCUCUACGAAGUCAGAAAAAGCAGUGCUUCCACUUAAGAUUAUUGUUUUGCCCUAAAUUUCUUAGAAAUUAUCUCUUAAAGGUAAAAUCUCAAAUUCAGGACGAAGAAUUAAUUUAAAUAAAAUAUCUUUGCAUUUAGUAUAAAAAAUUAAACUAACAAUGAAGAAUUAAAUAGGAAUCAAAAACCGUAACGUUACUCUUCUACUCUUACACAUUUUCGCGGCACUGAACAUAGAUUAUACACUUAAUAUAUUUGAGAGCACUGAACGUGGCACUAGGCUCCAAAAUUGAACAGUUAGCAAUCCUAGUUUAUUCCAAACUAUUCUGUCAAGGCCUUAAUUUUUUUUAUUGCCUUUGUAGGCAGAUGAAUAUAUGAUCUACCUGAUGGUGAGUGGUUACUGUCGCUCGUGGACGUCAGCAAUGCCAGGGGCAGAGCCAAGCCACUGCCUACUGCUGAACUCUCCACCAGCCUCGUUUGAAGAAGGACAUGUCACAGGGCUCAGAGAACAUCGUAGAGGAGACUUCAUUUCAAAGCCUUUGGAAGCGCAGUGUGGAUGAACGCAGUGGCUCCAGAUAGUACCUAUGGAUCAAGUCGAUCAAGCUUAAUAUCUUAUUCCAGUAAAGUUCAAUUGGCAUUUUUUAUCUGUUUUACCUGUUUUCCUAAAAAUAUUAAAUAUACUCCCUGAAAAUAUUAAAUAUAAAAUGCUAAAUAUAAUCCCUAAUACUUGGUUUCGAUUAUGUAAUCGAUUUGUUUUGCAAGAUUUGGUACUACUAUUUUAGGAUAUACAUAUUUAUAGAAUCAAAACAAAAAAUACUUGGUCUAAAUUGAACCGUUUUAGAAUCAAAAUAAUAUUUUCGACAUAAAAUUUCCAACAAUUUGUAUAAAAAUUGUGCAUCACGUAAAUAAAAAUAAAAAAUAAAAAAUUAAACGUAUAUUAAUAUAUUAAUACAGAUAUACUUACUAAUUUCUAAGUCCUUUACAAUUAAUAUAAUUAAAACUAACCGAAAGGUAAAACAACAUGUGUUGGAUUAUAUACGAAAAUAAUUUGAAGACUUUAUCCGCAAAUAUUGAGCUAUAGAGCAUAAUAUAAUAAAGAUUGCUACCACAUUAAAGUGUUUUUCUCUAAAAUUUCCUCCUUCGUUAAAAAAGCCCAAAGUCGUACAUGAAGUUCUUAGUUUCACCCUAAAAAUGGCCAAAUCCAUAAAAGUGAGAACACUAGUAAGAAGUGAACAAAUGUCAAGUGUCAAAAGACCUUUUUAAUUCGCCAAUUUUCAUACUUCAGUACGCCAAUUCGACAGAAAAAGAAAACGUAACUCGUACACCGUGGUCUUUUGUGGCAAAGACAUUUUUUUUCCUACCUAUGCUGAUAGUCUUGAGAGGCUAUUUCAGCGUAACCUUAACUGGUAGGUGAGCUCACGGGGCUCAAACCGGAGUAAUGCUAACAGGGACCCUAGCAAGUGCAGUGCUUCGCAGAAUCUACUGCCGGAUCCGAAACGCGACCCACUAAAAAGAUCCGGUGAGAAACUCAGUGGGCUGUGUCUAUGGGUUAAUUCGCUCGUCGAGCCCUUCGUUGCAAGCGACGGGUUCGACGAGGACGGUGACCGGUGCUUGUGAUACCUAAAAACACCGUUAAUGGAUCGGGAGGAUCCGUAAUGACGUGUUUUGGGCGACGUCGACUGUUUACCAUUCGGUCUACAGGAUCGGUUCCAGGUCAUCAUGAAGAUCCACGUUCCUGAGAAACCAUGGUGCUCCGACGGCUAUCCUGCAAAAUCGGGAUUGAAUAACCUGAAGGGGUUUCAAGUUAGUGUGGGCCGCGUGAACGAACACUACGCUUGCAUACGUCAUGACGCGACGGGGCGUAUGUGUCACUCCAGCAUGUUCAAUGCUCAUUGGUGAAAAGCAUUGUAGCAUUGUGGAGCAAAUUUCAAAAUAAAUCAGAACAGUUCAAAGAAACACGUAAUGAUACGAAUGAAUAUUUAAUAGGAUAAAUAAAAUGCAUCUUUCUCAAAUAAAGGAUUUUGUUAGCAGUGUUGCUGUAACCAUAACCAUUUUACAGUUUCUUUCUGGAAUUCUAGUUUGCAAACAAUAUGUCGUAAAUCGGACCACAGCUGAAGCUUCUCCGCUUCCAUUUAUAUGUGGCGUCAUGUCUGCCGCUCUCUGGAUAUUGUAUGGACUUACUAAACAUGACAAUAAAAUUGUGUUUGUCAAUGUAAUUGGUGUGACGCUCAUGUUUGCCUAUACAGCUGUGUUCUACAUCUUCACAUUUAAAAAGUCAUCAGUUUUGAAACAGAUUUUUGCUAUGGUUGCAUUUAUAAUAUUCACACUUGGAUAUGUGUCUGUUGAAGAUGACAAUGAACUACUUUUGGGUAGACUAGGGUUGUUAGCAUGCUCCUUCACACUGUUGACGAUAGCUUCUCCAUUGAGUAAAUUAUUUUAUGUCCUAAAAGUAAAAUGUACUGAAUGUCUUCCAUUCCCAAUGAUACUAAUGUCUUUUUUCGUGUCUGCAACAUGGUUCCUAUAUGGCUUAAUUGAAGAGGAUGUAUAUAUUACAACACCAAACUUCAUUGGAGGUACAUUGGCUGUACUUCAGCUCUCAUUAUUUUUAAUCUUCCCGAGCAAACCCCAUGGCUUGACAAAAAGUUUACUUGUGUAAGUUUUUACCUAAUUUAAUCUCAUUUUAGUAUGCCAAAUUACUGCUACUUAUCAUUAAUAGUUAAGGAUGAUACAGCAUUGUGAAUGCUAAUUAACUAUAUAUUUUUUUUAUUGGGAAGAUCUAUUAAUAAAACUUCAUUCAAUAUAAAGUAAUUUUCAAACUAUACAUUCUAUUAAUUUAUAUGUAGGAAAAAAGACAUGAAAUGUCCUAAUUUUGAUCUUUAUUCCAUGACACCAUUUUAAUUUGGCCAGAUCUUUAUUCAACUACUAUAUUUAACUCAAAUAUUUUAAUUCUUUAUUUUAUUGUUAAGUUAAACUGCAUUUAGUUUCCUUAUUGUAAAUCUAACAUUGGUUGUGUUAGUAUGCUGUGAUCUCAUGAUCUUUUAAACUUAUUGUUAUCAUCAUAUGAAACGAAAUGCUUUGUAGCUAUAAAUAUGAAAUAUUUUUUUAUUAAGUUAUCCUUAUGCAGAUGUUUUCAGAUAAUAAUUAUAUUUAAGAAGUUUCUGUUUUUUUUUAGUUUAAAAAUAAUUUUAUUGACAUUGUUAUAUUAUUAAUAGAGAUCACUAUGAUUUACAUUUUAUGGUUGAUAGUAGUGAACUCAAAAGUCACUAUUACAUAUACAGUGAAUAAAAAAAAAUGUAAGUUUUAAAAACUAAAUUCCUAUUUUUUGUAGUGUAGUAGUCAAAAAUAUAUUGUGUGUGUUAAUUUUUUUUUCAUAUUUUCAUUCUUAUUUUUAGUAAUUUCGAUUAUAACACUGUGAAACAUUGUAUAUGUGUGUUUAUAUUAUUAUGUCUUGUUUUAUAGUACAAAUUAUGAAAGGAUAGAGGUUUAAUUUAAUAAAGCCAUGACUAAAUUUAUGCAAAUUAGGUGACAUGUGAUAUGACCUAGUAAGUUAAUUUAAUGUUACAUAUAUAUCAUUUAUGUAUGUACUAUAGUUGAAUAAAAAUUAUAAAAAAAGGUAUGAAA